UUACGAAGCAGUGUAUUGUCGAAUGUAGCGCGAAUCGGAUGCGACUUUGCGAUCGUUAGAGCCCGGUAAACAGUAGCUUACGCAGAGUAUCUACCUCGAAAUGGAUUCUACAAAGACUUUAACAGACAUAAGCCACUAUGAUCUCUUUCGCAUACUUGACUUUUUGAAGACAAGCUGCGAAGUGCAGAAUGGAAAUGAAUCUUUGUACCCGGUUAAGUAUGGUGACAUCUUUAAUUUUGCUGCCACCUGCAAGAUACUUCGCCGAAUCGUUUGGGACUGGUCGAGAGAAAUGUACGACCGCUUGGAAAUCGAUCAUCUGCAUGUGCGUACCCAUAAAAGAAUAACCAUGAAGUUUCUUGAGAUUCACAAAAGUCUAAAAGGAGCCACAGAGCAAAAGAGAGACAAGUACAUGGACGUAUAUAUAAAGGCCAUGAUGAGCAAUUCACUUCUUAAAACCAUCAAGCUGAGCUACAACACUCAGGAAUAUAACAAAGAACACGAUAUUAUAUUCGAUGAAAUUGUAAUGGGACUGCAGGGCAAAACUAAGCGUAUAAUUUUGGAUCCGAUGAGAAUUCCGACAUUCAAGGAGAUAACUGUGGACAUUGCAGAUCAUCAAAUGAGCAAUCUCGGGCUGUUUCGCAAUAUUUCCAAGUUGACCAUAACAGCUUCCUUUGGGAUGUUCGACCUGGUGGAGUUCUGCAUCAAUAACCCGUCACUGGUAACUUUGGAAGUUAAUGUACAUCGGUUUUCCGACCAAGGAAAGCUCACUCAAAUCGUUCGUCACUGUCCCAACCUAAGGCAAUUGAAAUUUCUGCCACACGAUAACGAAAGAGAUAAUGCUUACGUUGGGCUGGCACUUUUGGAUAGGCUCCAGCAGUUGGAAAUCGGAAAACCCCCAAUGCCAAAGGAAGUGCAGUUUCUGCUGCCUGAUGAUGAUGUAAAUAUGGAGGAAAGCGAAUUGACUUGGCUUAGGCCAGAGCAAUUGGAAAUGGACCAGGAAUUUAGAUCCAAACAACCCAGAAUGGACUCCGAGUACGAGUCUCUAAUCGAAGGAGACUCAAAUUUAGAACAACCGGUUCCCAUUCUGCAGCUUCUCAAAGCGCUCAGCGAGAAGAAAAGAUCAAAAUUAGUCCGAUUGUGCCUACAGUUUGAUAUUAAUGACGAGAUGGCUCAUGUCAUUGCAAAAAUCAAGGGUCUACGAAUGUUGGAGUGCGGGUUUUGCGAUCCCAAGAGCAUUAGGCACCUAGUGCAGCACCCAACACUCAACCGAUUGAACAUACUCAAUAGAGGUCACCUAGUUUCAGUGGAAAUCGCACUUUUGCUCAGAAGACAAAUAACCGUCUCAAGUCAAGAUGCAAAACUAUUUUUAUCUGCCCGAGGCUUCCUUUCCAUUUGCAUUCGAAAUAAUUCUUAUGCUGAAAUUUAUCGGUCUGUUAAUCUUGAACCACUUACGAAACUGGGCAACCUUAAGGUUAUCAAACUGCCUGACGCAAUGAUCGCGUCACUGGAGUUGACGAUGCAUCAGUUUUUGGAGCUUGGUGUACUGAUCAAGGGUGAUGCAUGUGACAUAUCCUUUGAUCCCCAAGAAAGGGAGCUUAAAAUGAUUUACAGUGGAGGCUCUGCACAUGAAGAACUGCCAGCUCCUUUGGUCCGAAAUCUGCGCUCCUUUGCAUUGCUAUCCAUAUUCAUGCCAACCUCUCAUCUUUUUCACAAUCUCUGCACAAUACACUUAGGAACUAUGCAUGAGGUAUAUAUCGAUACACCACAAACUCUAUUUGAUACAGCCCAAGAUACAUACCUCAGUAGAUCCGUUGUUGAAGCUUUGGUAACUCUAAAGGGUUUGAGGAAAAUCUCAUGUGGGCUUCAGAAGUUGAUUUACAUUCAGCCUCUGGCUCAACUAAAAGAUCUUGAAUAUGUGCACGUGCUCUCCGAGCACCACCCUACGGAUGAACCCUUUCCAAGGUGCCUAGAACCACUCCUGGAAAACUGUCACAAGCUGAGAUCGUUUCACAUUAAAGUGCCCGUCAAGGGAAUAAGCGAGAAGUUUUUAGAGGACCUUGAGUACGUGGUUGUGAAAAGCCGUGAUCUGUGGGAACAAAAUGAUUUAGAUAUUUGCUUAUGCUUGAAACAACCUCCUGAUUAUAGGGUUACUGAGCUGAAUUUAAAUGAGAGUCAGCUCAAACUUUUAACUAGACCAUUUAAGCUGAUGAAGGUGACAACAAAAUAUGUAGAAAACGAUUAUGUUUUCGACUGAACAAAUUAAGAGAUUUGAGGACUUAUGUGUUGCUAUAUGAGAAACACGCUCCAAAUAAAUCAUUUUAAAAUUUCUUUAUAUAAGUGCCAUAAAUUACCUUAAGAACCGACUUGGCCCGGCCACAACGACAAUUAAACAAAUUCAAUUUGCACCUGCCGACAACAUUAUUGGAUUGCAGCCCAUACAGGUGAAAUUAAAUAAAUUAAACGCAUACAAUCGCAGACAUUUUGCUGUCACACCGGAAAAAGACAGUAUUUACUUUGCAAG